GAAUGGAUAGGGCUGGUCGUAUAAGGAUGUCGUUGGUGGUAUACCACCUAUCGUAGUAUUGGAAGUGUUUAAGUCUCAUCAAGAAAAGUGGAUACUUGAUUCAUAUUUUUUAUGAAGAACAGAUUUUGGGGAAAGUGAAGCCUUCUGUGCCAAAGAAAUGGAUGACAUAAGGAAGCAGUUAAAUGCAAUGGUGUCUACCAUUAACAGCAAUCCAAAGGUUGUGGCCUUUCUUAACUCUCCUGUGGGGCAGUACCUUAAUGGUCAGCCAUUCAUUGCUUUGUGUCUACUAGUCUUUAUUGGCAUGUCAGUCUUCCCUCUUGGAGUGUUCCUGUCCUUUUCCAUCAUCACAGCUGCAAUUGCAUGUACUGCGUUUAUUGUAACGGAAGGCUUAUUACUAUCAGUUGGAGGUUUAGUCCUUCUCUGUAUACUGUGUGGAUUGGCUGUCAUUGCCUUUUUGAUGUCUGCUGUAUUGAGUGUCAGUUAUAUUGGUUUUUCUGCUGUGAUGAAUUACUACCAUACAAGGUGCUCCAGAAGCUCCUCUGUGAAUCAAGAUGACAGUGAUAAGUCGUUACAGCACAAUACUGUUUCUUCUGCUGCACCAGACUCCAUCAAUAAGCACAAAGGCGAAUAGAAAGACUGCUACCCUUAGUGAAAAAAAUGUAUAUAUUUACCUUAUCUUCAUUGUUUCUGUCGCAUACUGCCUUGGAGUUUUGUUACUGAUGUUAUUUUUCUUUUAGUAUCAUUUGUAAUAAGUUGAACAUGGUACUGUAUGUUAUGAGGCUGUAUGUCGAAUUGUCUCACUGUGAUGUAUAAUGGGAUAGAGGCCUUAUUUGCAUGUUAUAGACUUUAGUUCUUUUUAUUAUUAUUAUUGUACACCUUGUACUGCAAUCCUCAUGUCACUGGAAUGCCCUCUUCCUGCUCAACACUACAUUGAUUUACUUGUCAGCCACAUGAUCUUUAGAAAGUCGCUUUACUGCUGUACUGGUAUCGUUGUACGUAUAUUUCAGAUGCCAGGAUGAUAAUAUUAUUCAUCUGUCUGUUAUGCCAGAUUGUUGCAGCUAGUAUCCUGCAUCUGCCCCACCUUCAUCCUUUCCAGCUUGUUCUGCACCUGUCUGAUACCCUUUCAACCCUUUUAAAAAGCCUCACUGACUGACUUGCCAGUACAGAUAUUAAGGGAAUGCAUUUCAUUUCUUUCUGUAUAGUAUUGCUUUUUGAAACUUCGGUUUGAAAGACGUGCCUUCUUCUACCCGCUUGUCAUUUUGUUCACUGGUCCCUAGGUGGUGUUGCAAACCCAAAUCAUGUGCCUUCUGUGGUCUUUCUCAUCAAGAAGAGAAUGGCCCCGGCCUGUCCAGUCCUUGUUCGUGUAUAUCCCUUCUUUUCCUUUGAUCACUUUGGUUGUUUUUCUCAAGACCCAAAUACUGUUUUUUUUUCUCCUUAUUAUCACUUCCAGAACUGAGAGCAGUACAGAAUCUGAGGCUUUUGUAGUGAUCUACAGAGUGGGAAAGUUUUAUUCCUAAAGUCUGUGCUUUUUUAGCUGCAGCCCAGCACUCCUCUGGCCACAGCUACUGCAUUUUCACUGUCCUUGCAGAUUCAUUCCAGUUUUGCUGAUCCUUCCAAGUCCUUUGUGUGUGUGUACUUUAACCAUAGCCCCCCUUUUUGAGACUAUACACAACCCUUAGGUUGUUUUCUGUAUACAGCACUUUGCAUUUCUAUGCAGUAGACUUGAAACCUGCAGUAAUUGCUUUAUGACCCUUGUUGGACGGUUCACCUUUUGUCCACUGUAGUCUUUUUCUUGUUAUCAGAAAAGAGAUUAAUCCUGUUUUCUGUAUGCAGAGUUAGAUACAGUAUGACUACAUUGAAGAACAAAGGUCCCAGGACCAAUUCCUGUAGGACCUGACUGCUUUUGACCCUUUUUUCUUGACAGCAGCAGCACUGGACGGCGCAGUGGUGCACAGGUUAUUAUUGUCGCCACACAGCAAGAGGUUCUCCAGUUCGAAUCUUGGCUGGUACACAGUCUGUGUGGAGUCUGCUUGUCCUCCCUGCAUUCAUGUGGGUUUCUUCCAGGUGCUCCUGUUUCCUCUCACAUUACAAAAGACAUGUGUCUAGAGCAUUUCUCUCCGGACCUCCACUGAAAAUUGGCUUGUUCCAAGUCCGACUUUCCUGGUUAACAAGUGUUAAAUAAAUAAAUGCUAAACCUCUGUGGCCUACCAUGUAAUCACCUUUCUUGCCCACCUGAUCACUGCAUUUCCCAUGUGUAUUCAUGCUUUACUUGAGAGUUUGCUACAUGAGCAGACUAAAGCUCUUUACUGUAGCCCAGAUACCUGACAUGAUACAGAUCCCCCUUUUCCAUUUGUCAGUAAACCUGUCAGACAACUUUUAGGUUUGUUUCCCAUGACCUUGUUUGGUUCUGUUCUGAAAGUGGUUCUCCUCCACAUGUUUGUUAACUUUUUCCUCUUGUGUUCUUCGUGACUUUUCAACAUCUGAAGUCAAACUUUACUGGUCUUUAAUUCUUAGAUUCACUUUUUGUACCCCUCCCUCAAUGUGGGUAGAGUUGUGGUUUAUUAUUAAUGAUAUUCCCCACUCAGAGCAGCUUUGAUAGGAUCUGCUAGCACUCAUUUAAGUAACCUGUCCAGUUUAUAGGCAUUGUCCUGCCUUAGUGUUAAGUUUCUUUUCUGCUGUCUAUUUCUGCAUGUGUUCACUCCUACUUUUCCUUUCCCAUACAGGUGUUCUGCCAUCUCUUCUUGCCUUCAUUUUAACAAAAACAAAGAAUUUGUUUAGAAAUUCUGACUGUUCUCUUCCUUGCCCUCCAGCGCUAGUUAACUAAUUUCUGUUCCUAUUCUCCCAGUUCCACCAUAUAGCUGAAGAUGGAUUUACUUCUCCCCUUAAUUAAAUCAAUGAAACAUGUUUCCAUCCAAACCUUGGCUUUUCUGACCUUGCUUCCUACCUUUGUCCUAGCUCACUUCUAUACUUCCUUGAUGUUAUUAAUUUACUUUGAAGUUUGCCUAGAACAUCACUUUAGUACAUUAGUGUUUCCUGAAUUUAUUCAUACUAAGAAGCCAGCAGAGAAUGCCAGGAGCAUAUGUUGGCCUGUCCUAACCAUCAUGCCAAUACCAAAGAAGUGUCUGUCUCUGUCACCCAUAUGCGAGCACAAACACACACACUCUCUCUCUCUCUCUUUCUUUCUCUCUCUCUCUCCAUCACUCUCCCCAAGUAUUGCCAGUGUUAGUCUCUGUUUAAUUUUUGAAUUUUUGCAUCUUUUAGAAGCUCAGCAUUUACACUUUGAAAAUCUGGUGCCUAUAACUUGUGCCUUUAUAUUUCUAAGACUGUUGUGAACCACAGCAUGCUUUGAUUGCUCAUAAUGGGCACACUGUUCAUGUUUCUUUGCUACCUCUAAUUUGGCUGGAUAAAACUAGGUUCAGCAGGAAUCCGUCAUAGUUUUUUCUGGUGCAAUGUAUGCCAUAACCAAAAACUGCUUUUGGAAGCUUUGCUGACAUUUGAUGCUUGGAACUCUAGGAAGAAUUUAAUUGUAUGUUUUAAUUGCGUAUCUUAGAAGCAUAACUUUUUAUACAUUAUUUUCACUGUAUAACAUAUUCUGCUUGUGUAUGUUUUUUGACAUGGUAGUGUCACUAAUGUAGUGCCUUUAGAAAUGUAACAGAUGCUUUAUGCGAGGAAGAUCGUUAACUCAAUACGCAGCUUGUAAGAAGUGAUAGUAUACAGCACUGCUUCUCGCUGUUUAGUUUGAGAUUGCUUAGAAAUUAUAUAAUCCACAAUGUGUCACCAGUGAGCGAAAAAAGCACAGCUUUAUUCCAAAAUUCAGGUGGAAAUGUUCCACAAUAAACAAUCAGAAAAUACAAAGCAGCAAUUGCAUACACUGAAUAAAAAUGUUAAGUUAAGCGCUUUUAUCCCCCACUAGGGACUUCCUCAGAACUAUUCCCAAAAAUUAUUCCCAGCAUUCUUAUAACAUUACACUUAAAGGGAACUUACCCUAUGUAGCACCAAUAUUUUAUAUAUGCAAAAUUAAAAUGUCAACUCACAAUACAUCACAAGAAAUACUAAAAACAUUUUAAAAAUUAUAUAUAUAUAUAUAUGUGUGUGUG